CUCAUCCGGCAAACUGUUGAAAACCGAGAACAACAAAAUUAAUUCAUUACAAGCUGUCGCACAACAAACACCGCAGCAAAAUCAUAAUUCGAAAAAUAAUAAAACCCAACAUAAUUCAUCGCCAACGUUACAAAAGUCUGGCAAAUCUUCCAAUCGACGCAAAAAGAGGCGUAACAAACAACAUCAAAAUCAACAACAACAGCCUAACACUGUUGCCCCACAAGAACAAAACGGCCAACAACAACAACAAAACCAUCAUCAACACGACGGCCCUUCACAGCAGCAGAUAGUAGUAGUUAAAGAUUCACUUUCGUCAUCUUCAUCUGCAUUUUUAAAACAUUCUUCUACAACUUCGCCAGCGGCAAAUUUAGUUAAUCACAACAGCAACAACAUGCCCGCCCGUUUUGCUGAUGAUGUCAUUAAUGACACCACUGAGCACACCGUGCCCAUGAAUAUGCAGGGCCAUUACAGCAAUGGUCCUCGCGCCUUGCCCACUGCCAGUGACAUUGCCAUCACUGGUUUCUCUGGUCGCCUGCCAGAAAGUUCCAACAUCGAAGAGUUCAAAAAUAAUCUCUUCGAAGGCGUUGACAUGGUCAACGAUGAUCCCAGACGUUGGGAGAAGGGUCUGUAUGGCCUACCAGAGCGUCUGGGCAAAAUUAAGGAUGAAGAUUUGGAAAAUUUCGAUCAGCAAUUCUUCAGCGUUUCAGCGAAACAAGCCGAGUGCAUGGAUCCCCAGAUGCGCAUGUUGUUGGAAAGUACAUAUGAGGCCAUCAUUGAUGCCGGUGUGAACCCCUGUGAAAUCCGUGGCUCACGUACCGGUGUCUAUGUUGGUGUCUCGUCUUCGGAAACCGAACAAUAUUGGAUGGCUGAUCCCGAUCGUGUUAAUGGCUAUGGUCUAACGGGUUGUGCCCGUGCCAUGUUUGCCAAUCGCGUUUCCUUCACCUUCGACUUUAAGGGUCCCAGUUACAGUGUGGAUACUGCUUGCUCCAGUUCUUUGUAUGCCUUGGAACAGGCCUUUUCCGAUAUGCGUGCCGGCAAAUGUGACAAUGCCGUCGUUGCUGGUUUGGGUGUCCUGCUAAAACCCACCAUGUCUUUGCAAUUCAAGCGCCUGAACAUGUUGAGUCCCGAUGGCAUGUGCAAAGCUUUCGAUGAAUCCGGUAAUGGUUAUGUUCGUUCCGAUGGUUGCGUUGUCAUCUUCUUGCAAAAAACCAACAAUGCCAAGCGUGUUUAUGCCACCGUCUUGAAUGUCCGCACCAACACUGAUGGUUACAAAGAACAGGGCAUUACCUAUCCCAUUGGAAAAAUGCAAAACCGUUUGAUCCGUGAGACCUAUGAAGAAAUCAAUUUGGAUCCCAAUGAUGUGGCUUAUGUAGAGGCUCACGGUACCGGCACCAAGGUUGGUGAUCCCCAGGAAGUCAACUCCAUUACCGAUUUCUUCUGUAAGAAUCGCCAGACUCCAUUGUUGAUUGGUUCGGUAAAAUCGAACAUGGGCCACUCUGAGCCUGCAUCCGGUGUAUGUUCCAUUGCCAAGGUGUUGAUUGCCAUGGAAGAAGGUGUCAUCCCCGGCAAUUUGCACUACAAAAAUCCCAACCCUGAUCUAUAUGGUCUCAUGGAUGGCCGUUUGAAGGUCGUCGACAAGAACACCCCCUGGGAAGGUGGUAUUGUUGGCAUCAACUCCUUUGGUUUUGGUGGUGCCAACGCCCACGUUAUUUUGAAAUCAAAUCCCAAGCCCAAGGCCAUUACCCCAACUGUGGGACCACCAAAAUUGGUGGUUUGCUCCGGUCGUACUUUUGAUGCUGUGCAAGAUCUGCUCGAAGAUGCCGUAUCACACCGUGACGAUGAUGAAUACUUGGCCUUGAUCAAUGACAUCUACUCGAAGAAUAUUCCCCUGCACUACUACCGUGGCUACUGUGUCAUGGACACCAAGGGUUCCCUGCAACGUGAGGUCUUGGAGAUGAACGACGAAAAUCGCCCAGUCUGGUACAUUUACACCGGUAUGGGCAGUCAAUGGGCCAGCAUGGCCAAGGACUUGAUGCACUUUGAGGUCUUUGCCCAAUCCAUUCAUCGUUGUGCCGAAGCUUUGCGCAGUGUUGAUAUUGAUCUCAUCGAAGUCAUGACCAAAUCUACCCAACAGAGCUUUGAAAACAUUUUGAACUCCUUCAUUUCCAUUGCUGCCAUGCAGGUGGCUUUGACCGAUCUCCUCAGCUCGUUGGGCAUUAAGCCCGAUGGUAUUAUUGGUCACUCAGUUGGUGAAUUGGGCUGUGCCUAUGCUGAUGGAUGUUUCACACCUGAACAGACUGUUUUGGCUGCCUACUGGCGUGGCAAGAGCUUGCAAGACACCACCUUGGCUCCUGGCAAAAUGGCUGCCAUUGGCUUGGAUUGGGAAGAGGCCUACAAACGUAUGCCAGCCGACUGCUAUCCCGUGUGUCACAACAGUGCCGACAACUGUACCAUCUCCGGUCCCGAGAAAUCCAUUGACGCCCUGGUGGAACAACUCACCGCCGAGGGCAUUUUUGCCAAGGCCGUCAACUCAUCCGGCUAUGCUUUCCACAGCAAAUACAUUGCUGAGGCUGGACCCAAACUACGCAAGAGCUUGGAGAAGAUCAUCCCCAAUGCCAAGAACCGCACCUCGCGUUGGAUCAGUACCAGUAUCCCUGAGUCGGCAUGGAACACACCUGUGGCCAAGCAAUCUUCGGCCGCCUAUCAUGUCAACAACUUGCUGUCUCCCGUGCUGUUCUACGAGGGUUUGCAACAUGUGCCCAAGAAUGCUGUGACCAUUGAAAUCGCCCCCACUGGCUUGUUGCAGGCCAUUUUGAAGAGAGCCUUGGGACCUGAUUGCACCAACAUCAGUUUGGUGAAACGUGGCCACGAAAACAAUGUGGAGUUCUUCCUCAUGAAUGUGGGCAAAUUGUAUGCUGCCGGUAUCCAACCCCAGGUCUUGACCAUGUUCAAACCCAUCACCUAUCCCGUGGGUCGUGGCACCCCAAUGUUGAACUCCAAGCUUGGUUGGGAUCAUUCCCAAAAAUGGUUUGUACCCAAAUAUGGCAAAGUGACAACAUCGGGAGAAACUGUAGUGGAGGUUGAUCUCUCCAAGGACGAAGAUGCUUUCUUGGCUGGCCAUACCAUUGACGGCCGUAUUCUUUUCCCCGCCACUGGUUACAUGACUUUGGCCUGGAAGACCUUUGCCAAAAUGAAGGGUAUGGAAUACCAAAAGUGCCCUGUGGUCAUGGAGAAUCUGGUGUUCCAUCGUGCCACAAUUCUCAACAAGGACAGUGUUGUGAAAUUCGGCCUUAACUUCUUCGAUGGUACCGGCAACUUUGAAAUCUGCGAAAGUGGCAGUUUGGCCAUGUCUGGCAAGAUUUCCCUGGCAGAAAAUGUUGAACGCGAAGAAUUGCCCUUGGAUCCCUUGGUCGCCAAUACCCAGGCCAAGGAAUUGAACACCAACGAUGUCUACAAGGAUUUGCGUUUGAGAGGCUAUGAUUAUGGUGGUAUCUUCCGUGGCAUUGUCAAUUCGGACACUACCUCCAGCACUGGUAACCUGCAAUGGGUGGACAAUUGGAUCAGCUUCAUGGACACCAUGCUGCAAUUCAGUAUCCUGAGCAAGAACUUGCGUGAACUCUACUUGCCAACACGCAUUGAGAAGGCUGUACUCAACCCCCUGAAACAUUUGGAGGAGUUGUCGAAACUCAGUGCUGAGGAGCAGACCCAAACUGGCCUGCCCGUCUACAUGUACAACGACAUUACCGUCAUCAAGAGUGGUGGUGUUGAAAUGCGUGGCUUGAAGGCCUCGUUGGCCCAAAAGAGACCUGGUUCCCAAAAUCCUCCCACCUUGGAACGCUACACCUUCGUACCCUAUGUCAAUAACGCUGCCGAGUUGCACGAAAACACCGAGAAGGCUCGUCUCCAUGCCCUGACUGUGGCCCUCCACCUGAUUAUUGAAAAUUCUCAGGGUGCCCUGAAGAUAAAGGGUGUCGAAUUGGCCAAUGGCCGCAAUCCCGAUGUUUUGAUGGCCCCCAAAUUGUUGCAAAUCAUUGAAGGUGAACCCACAAUUACCGCUGACAUUGCCGUGGUCACUUCCAAUGGCAAUGAGGAGACUAUUACCUCCGCUCUGGGCUCGGACUCCGGAGUACGCAUUGUAUCCAAGAAUAUUCUCGAAGAACCGGUAGAGCAGAACUGUCAUUUCCUAUACGCCUUGGAUGUACUCUCACGCCCAGACACCAUGAUUUUGACCAAUGGUGUACAGACCCUUAAGGAGAAUGGCUUUUUGAUGUUCGAAGAAUCCGUCGCCACCUACAACAAGACGGGACGUGAAUUGUUGAAGAAACAUGGCCUGAUUGUUAUCACCGAACAAUUGGUGGGUGGUUCCCGUGUCUUGGUUAUGGCCCGCAAACCAGUCGAUGUCAAGCAAAGAGAUGCUGUCGUGGUACGUGUCACCGAAAACAACUUUGAGUGGUUGGAAGAACUGAAGGAAGCUUUGGCCAAGGCUGCCGAAAUUGAACGUUACGUCUAUGUGGUGUGCCAAGGUGAAGAGCUCUUCGGUGCUGUUGGCUUCAUGAACUGUAUCAAGAAUGAAAAUGGUGGUAAAUUGGCCCGCAUGGUCUUCAUUCAGGAUACCAAUGCCGAGAAGUUCUCUUUGUCCAGCCAGUUCUAUGCCCAACAAUUGGCCAAGGAUUUGAUUAACAACGUCUUGAAGGCUGGCACCUGGGGCUCAUUCCGUCAUUUGAAACUGGAAACCGAUGUGGCCACUUUGCAGGUGGAGCAUGCCUAUGUCAAUGCCCUGGUCAAGGGUGAUUUGGCUUCACUGAAAUGGAUUGAGGCACCACAAAUGAACCCUGGUCUGUUGAGUGAUGAUCUUGAGCUGUGCAGUGUCUACUAUGCCCCCAUCAACUUCCGUGACGUCAUGUUGUCGUCAGGCAAGCUCUCUGCUGAUGCCUUGCCCGGUGAUUUAGCCCAACAGGAUUGUGUUUUGGGUUUGGAAUUUGCCGGUCGUGACUCCAAGGGACGCCGCAUUAUGGCCAUGGUACCCGCCAAGUCGUUGGCUACCACUUGUGUGGCUAGCAAGAACAUGAUGUGGGAGAUUCCCGACUCCUGGUCCAUGGAAGAGGCCUCCACAGUACCCUGUGUAUAUGCCACCGUCUAUUAUGCCUUGGUGGUGAGAGGACAAAUGAAGAAGGGUGAAAAGAUUUUGAUUCAUGCCGGUUCCGGUGGUGUAGGUCAGGCUGCCAUUUCCGUAGCCUUGCAUCAUGGCCUUACCGUCUUCACCACUGUCGGCAGUGUGGAGAAACGUGAAUUCUUGAAGAAACGGUUCCCACAAUUGAAGGAUUCCCAUAUUGGCAACUCCCGUGACUGUUCCUUCGAACAAAUGAUUAUGCGCCAGACCCAAGGUAAAGGUGUUGACUUGGUACUCAACUCCUUGGCUGAAGAAAAAUUGCAAGCCUCCGUACGCUGUUUGGGUUUGAAUGGUCGUUUCUUGGAAAUCGGCAAAUUCGAUUUGAACAACAACUCCCCCUUGGGCAUGUCCGUCUUCUUGAAGAAUACCUCGUUCCAUGGUAUCCUGCUGGACAGUGUUAUGGAAGGUGAAGAGGCUAUGCAAAAUCAAGUCGUCUCCCUGGUAGCUGAGGGCAUCAAGUCAGGUGCCGUCCGCCCAUUGCCCACUUCGGUGUUCAACGACCAACAAGUGGAGCAGGCCUUCCGUUUCAUGGCUUCGGGCAAACACAUUGGCAAGGUUGUCAUCAAAGUCAAGGAUGAAGAGGAGGGACGCAAGUCGCUCAAACCCACACCCCGCCUGGUAAAUGCUAUUCCCCGCACCUACAUGCAUCCCGAAAAGAGCUACAUCAUUGUUGGUGGUCUUGGAGGUUUCGGUUUGGAACUUACCAAUUGGUUGGUUUCCCGUGGUGCCAAAUUCCUGGUUCUGACUUCACGUUCCGGCAUUAAGACCGGUUAUCAAGCUCUCAUGAUCAGAAGAUGGCAGGAGCGCGGUGUCAAGGUGGUGAUUGACACCAACGAUGUCACCACAGCCAAGGGUUGCCAAUCGUUGUUGGAGAAUGCCAACAAGUUGGCUUUGGUUGGUGGUAUCUUCAAUUUGGCUGCCGUACUUCGUGAUGCCCUGCUGGAAGAUCAAACCGUCAAAGACUUCCAAACUGUGUGCGACUCCAAGGUCCAAGGCACCAAGUAUUUGGAUCAAUACUCGCGUACCAUGUGCACGGAAUUGGAUUACUUUGUGUGCUUCUCCAGUGUGUCGUGCGGUCGUGGUAACAUUGGUCAAACCAAUUAUGGUCUGGCCAACUCAGCCAUGGAACGUAUCUGUGAAAUGAGACAGGUCAGCGGCUUCCCCGGCUUAUCCAUUCAAUGGGGUGCCAUUGGUGAUACUGGUUUGGUUAUUGAGAAUCUCGGCGACAACGACACCAUCAUUGGUGGUACUCUGCCCCAGCGUAUGACCUCAUGCUUGCAAACCAUGGAUCUGUUCCUGCAACAACCUCACCCUGUGUUGGCCUCAAUGGUGGUGGCCGAGAAGCGUAAACAAGACACAACUGGCGGUGUCAGUUUGGUGUCCUGCGUUGCCAAUAUUCUUGGUCUGCGAGACCUUAAGAAUGUACAAGAUUCCGCCACAUUGGCUGAUUUGGGCAUGGAUUCUCUGAUGGGUGCUGAAAUUAAACAGACCCUGGAACGUAACUUUGAUAUUAUCCUGUCCGCCCAGGAAAUCAGACAGCUAACAUUCGGCCACCUGAAGGAGUUAAGUGGUGGUUCGGAAAGCAAUGACCAAGCAGCUGCUGCCUCACCCGCCCGUCGUACCCCCAGCCCCAGUGCAGCCUUUGGUGAUGGCACCCAGGUUGUAUUCUCCACCGAACUGAUGCCCACAUUGCCCAUUGUACGUUUGCCUUCGGCCGCCCCAGAAGACAGCAAGAAACGGCCAUUGUUCUUUAUCUCACCCAUUGAAGGCUUUGCCGAUGCCCUUAAACAAUUGGCCUCCCGCCUGGAUUGUCCCGUCUACGGUCUGCAGUGUACAGCCGAAGCCAAUGUCGAGAGCAUAGACAAUUUGGCCAGUUUCUAUUUGGAACAAAUCCGCACAGUACAACCCAAGGGUCCAUAUGCAAUUGCUGGCUAUUCCUUUGGUGCCUUGGUGGCCUUUGUUAUGGUCCUGCAAUUGGAAAAUAACAAGGAACAGGCCCGCCUCGUGAUGUUGGAUGGUGCUCCCAAAUAUGUCAACUGGUAUACCACGAAUUUCAAACAACGUCUCAACACCUCCGAUGAUCAGAAUGAAGCCUACGGUUUGGCCUAUUUCGGUAUGGUUGUGGCCAAUAUCGAUUACAGUCUGGUGGCCAAGGUUCUGCUGAAUGUGCCCACGUGGGAGAGCAAGGUGGCCAAGUGUGCUGAAAUUGUUGCCGGUGAAAUUAAUCAACCCGUUGAAUUGAUCAAACAAGCCGCAAUCUUCUUCUACAAGAAAUUGCUGGCCGCCGACAAAUAUGUGCCCUCUGGCAAGGUAUCUUGCGAUGUAACCCUAGUCAAACCCACUGAAAAUUACGCCAAAUUGGAAGAAGAUUAUGGCCUCAAUGAGGUCUGCAAAAAAUCGGUGAAUGUGUUUACAGUUGUAGGCAACCAUCGUACCUUCCUGCUGGAAGAGAAAUCACUUAAGCAAAUCGAAAGCCUCUUGAAUAGCAUCUAAAAAAUAAAAACAAAAAACACAACGUCAUUAUCAUCAUCGUUAAGCGGAUAGACUAAGAGAAGAGCAAACAAACGUCCACACAAAAAACAAAAAACAAAAACAAACACAAAGUUAUUUACAAAUAACUACAUCAUCCUCAUAAUUUUUAGAAACAAAAAGAGACGCACAUACAUACAUAAAUACUUAUAUAUAAUGUUAUGGCACUCCUUAUUAUAACAACAUCACCAGCUUAAAAAAAACAAAAACAAAACAAUUUUGUUGUAACUUAUUGAUGCACUUUUAUUAUUCAAAAAUGCACUUCAAUGUUCACAACAACAAAAUUGCUAGCCGCCUCUUUUUGCAUCUGCCCCCACACAACUUCAUUAAACUAUUGCGUGAUACCAAAAAAAUCCAAAUGGCUUUACAACUUGCCUAGCUUGUCCAACAUUGAUGGGGAAAAUAAGUAGGUCCAAAAAUAAUUAUAUCCCCUCAAUGUUUUACAAGCUAUGUGACCUGUAAACCAUUUGCGGAUUUUCUUGUUCGAAUGUAGACAUUAAUUAAAACCAUUCCAUUAGGAACAAAUUGCUUAAACAAAAAACCAAAUAUAACAAUCAACCAACUACUCAUUAAAUUUUCUAAACUAUCCUCUCCUCUAUCUCCACCACCUUAUGCAUGUAAUAAUAAACAUAGUUUUGUAUGUAACUACUCUAUUCUCGGAUCACCAAAACUAUAACUAAUUUUUAUAUAAAAUAAUUUGUAAAUCGUUAUGUGAUUAGUUUUUAGUUGAAUUUUGUUUAUAAUUCUCUUUUAUUUUUUUUUUUAAAUAUUACUAUUAUUGUAAAUGUUAGAACACACACAGAGGAGCAUUUUUCUCAAUUUAUAAAAGAAAAAAUAUAAAAAAAGAAAGAAAGAAACAGAAAAAUCUUAGUAGUUUUAAGUUAUUUUUAAAACACAUAAACUAUUGAGACAAACAAAUACAACAAUGUAUGUGUAACUACUCUAAAUUGAUUACUUUAAAUGUUGAAAUGCUGCUUAUAUAAGCUCUCCACAAAUACACACACACACAAUGUAUGUAGUUUAUUUUUUUUUAUAUAGAAAAUUCAACAUAUAUUUGUAACUUUUGCACCCUCAAAAUUAAAAAUUUGAUAUUUAUUUUUUAUUAAUUAUAUAAUUGUACUACUACUACUCCCAGUAAUCAACAUUGAAAGAAAUUGUAGAACAACAACAAACAAACAUGCAUUAAACAAUGAAUUUAUGUAAUAUGAGAAAACAAAAAACUAAAUGAAACCAAAUUAUUAUAUA